GAGUGCCACGUCAUCGCGGGCGUAUGGGUACGGCACGAUGCUGGAGAAGUUGCUGGAGUCGCAUGGGCAGGGGCGCAGCAUGGAGGAGGAAACUAUGAAGGUGAUAGAUGCACUGGUAUGUAACAUGGAGGCCCGGGCCAGCACGUGCAACAACCCACUGCUCAAGUCACUCUUUCUCGUCAACAACAUCCUCUACAUUAACCGGUUGAGUGAAAAGAUUCACCUGCCCCUGGAGAAUCAGAAGCUGCUCGAGGCCCAAUCAAAGGCCUUCAGAGAGGCUGGGCUGCAAAAGGUGACGGCGUCGUUGGGUGGGCGAGGGAGGAGUGCCGCCAUGGAGCCCAGUGAAGUCAACCGGCGUCUGCACCGCUUCAACAUAGCCUUUGAGGACCUGGCGUUGGAGCAGAAGGACUGGGUGAUCUGCGACGGCGCAUGGCGCAAGACCACGGUGCACGAGUGGGCGGCGCACCUCAAGCACAUCUAUGAGGAGUUCCUGGAACCCCACAG